AUGGGUACUGUUUUCAACGGUCUUCUCCUUGGGAUCUCAGGCCUUUCCCUAUUCCCACUUGCAGAUUUAUUUUUCCCAAAGCGUGCCGAAGCCGACACCAUCGUUCGUGUCUCUGCCGCACUAUCACAGCCUGGCGAGAAAAGUUUUAGCCCCGGGGGCAACACGCCAAAUAUAGCACUGUUCAAUGAGAAGGGAGAUAGGAUUGGAUUCAAGAGCGGGAAAGGUCAUGGCAAUAUUGACGAGGGGCGAUUUGCGGAUAUCAGUGUCUCCCCGAUCGAUUCCAAAAAUACCGAACUUCCAACAUAUAUCUCUAUCAGUGCUUCAGGCACCGAUGCCAUCUGCAUUUCAUCUAUUGCUGUAACACCGCCUACAAAUGCCGACUACUUUGCGUUUCUCGGGGAUACUGCGAAAGCGUGUGGAGCAACCUGGUACUAUUCUAGUCAGCCGAUCAAGACGACUGACGAAAGUGGCGACAUUAAAUAUUACAAGCCAGCGUGCUUUUGGAUCGAUGGGCCAGGCGACAAUGGAAAAACUACAGGCAAUCUCCCCCAAGGAAUCGGCAUUCAUCUGACAGAUUUUGUUGGAAAUAAGAAACGACAAGCACAAUACCAAGCGCACAAUGAGAUAAUGUGCAGCCGCCCUAGGUUGCAUAUGUACGAUAGAUUGGAUGAACUAAACUGCUUACCUGUUUUCAAUCCCCCACUCAAGGACCAGAACCUCGAUGCAGACCUCAAGGAAGCACUGACAGACGGUAAAGUUAUGUGCCAUCCGGGGCCCGGUGAAAAGGCAACAGCGGAGGAGAUAUUACACCUACGAAAGGUUAACUUAGGGCGAAUUCCAGUUCCAACUUAUGGAAUCAAGCACAAGAGGGGGGAGGUCACCGAGCUGAAAGAGAGAGCGGAAAAGGAGCCCAGGAACGCUUGCUUCAACAACGAUAUCAUUAUUAGUGACUCCAUGAGUGCAAAGCAACUUUGCGAACAUCCCAACUCGCGCGGUCCUGACUUUGUUUCCAAAAGUGAGGGCUAUUAUUGCGAUAUGUGCACGCAUGAACUCUUCCCGCUUUGCCGCAAAAGCCCAGCAGCUAAAUAUCCCAAGGGUUGUUUUGAUCUUGCCUCCAAAAAAAUCCGUCAUGUUGGGGAUAUAGCUGCCCGCGGUAAUAGUAUGAUUAUACCAGACAAGAAUUACCAGAACAUCAGAAACUGGGAAUGA